AUGAAAGAGUAUUUAAUUCAGUUACCAACGCUGACUCCACCAAAAGAAAAAGAACCAUUGAUCCUGUACCUGUCUGCGGCGGAAGUAGCAGUAGGAGCAGUAUUGAUGGUAGAACGAGAAAACAUCCAGACCCCAAUUUACUAUAUAAGUAAGAUGCUCACCGGCCUAGAAACUCGUUACUCGAUGAUAGAGAAGCUAGUCUUGGCAUUACUACAUGCAACACGACGCCUACGCAGGUAUUUUUCGGGCCAUGUCAUCAUAGUUCUCACCAAUUAUCAUUUAGGCCAAAUCUUAUCCAAACCCGACGUAGCGGGAAGGAUGGCUAAAUGGGCUAUUGAGCUAGGGGGAUAUAAUAUCUUGUAUAGACCAAGACCGGCAAUUAAAGGGGUGUGGACUCUGCAUACAGAUGGUGCUUCCAAUGAUGACGGAGUCGGCGCAGGCCUUCGAUUAUUCAGUCCUGACGAUCACGAACUUACAUACUCUAUACGCUUAGAGUUCCGAAGUACAAAUAAUGAAGCCGAGUACGAAGCAUUCUUGGCAGGUCUCCAAUUAGCACUUAAAAUGGGAGCAAGAAACCUUGAAGCCAAUGUCGAUUCAAAGCUAGUAGCCGAGCAAGUUAAUGGCCAUUAUGAUGCUAAAGGAGAAGCUAUGGCAUUAUACCUUGAACAAGCGCAGGCAUUAAUCAGCCAAUUCCAGACAUUCAUGGUUAAUCAUAUAAACAGAAGUGAAAACAAACAUGCAGACGCAUUGAGCAAACUGGCCGCGACCAGCUUCAAACACUUAGCAAAAGAGGUGCGCAUAGAGGUACUCUCCAAUCCCUCUGUUUCUCUCAAACAAGUCAACAUCAUAGAGAUCGGCAAUCCAUCGUGGAUGUCCCCGAUCAUUUUGUACCUACAGCACGGGAAACUCCUGGAGGAAAAAGCAAAAGCCAGGAAAAUUCAGAAUAAAGCAGUAAACUACGAAAUGGCAGACGACAUUCUUUACAGAAAGUCAUUCAUGGGACCAUUACUCAGAUGCGUUGACAAGACAGACGUGCAAUACCUGAUCAGAGAAAUCCACGGAGGUUUGUGUGGAAUACAUGUUGGUCCGCGUAUGGUAGUAGCCAAAAUAAUGAGCGCAGGAUAUUAUUGCCCCGGAAUGCACGUAGAUGCGAUAGAAAUCUUACGAAAAUGCACAGCAUGCCAACGUCAUGCGCCAAAGAUGCUCCGACUAAAAAAUCCGCUUGUACCAGUCACAUCUGCUUGGCCAUUUCAACAAUGGGGCAUCGAUCUUGUUGGCCCAUUUCCUGAUGCGCCAGGCGCAGUAAAAUUCAUUAUCGUUGUGGUCGAUUACUUCACCAAAUGGGUGGAAGCCAAAGCCCUGGCCUCAACCACAGCAAUGGUAAUCCGCAAAUUUAUAUAG